AUGGAUAAUUUGAAUGAAUUUUAUAAAAAAAUUCAAAUGUAUCUUAUGAAAAAAGAUCAAGAAUGUGGAGAAUUGAAAUUUCUUGUGUCACGCAUAACAACUGAAAAUAGUAAUCACAUUGAUGAUAUAUGCAGAUCAGUGACUAAUAUCUUUGAAACCCAUGAUAUACCUAUAACAGAAAAGGCUUCCAUAAAUGAUGAAAGAUGUGUACAGGCAUACAAGUACUUACUAUUAAAUACUAAUUUUGUAAAUCAAGAACGUUUGGCAGAAGAUAUUGUUAGUGGACAUUUAGUUGAUAUGUGUCCAUCUUUAUCUCCAUAUUUGUUUAUAGAAAUAUUAUGUACUCUUGAAUAUGAGAAGAUUCUAAUUGAAUCUCUAUUAUAUAUACCAUUUGACUUAUGUACAGAGAUAGUUCAAAUAGUUACAAAGUGUAUAGAUAAAUUACCCUUUGAAAGAUCAGUUGAAAGUAUAUACCAGUUGAUACUAAUUAUAUACACUAAAUUUUUCCAAUUAAAGGAAAUUAGUAUACAAUCUAAGGAUGUUAAACAAAGUAUAGAAAAUUUAUUACUUUGUUUUAAAGAAUUCUUAUUAUUCCUAACAAAGCCAAAAUUACAUUAUUUGAUAGACACAUCAAUCUUAAAGAAGUAUAAACGACAUGGUGUUAUGUUGAAAAAAUUAAUUUGUACAACAAGACAAUGUUUAGAAAACAAAAAUAAAGGAAUUUUGAUUUCUAGAAAUCUUGAAAAAUUGUAUAAUGUUACCUUUGGAGGAGAAGCAUUUAUAAAGUGUGAAAAUACAUUGAUAGAGAAUAGUGUAUCAACAUUAAAUCAACAGUUAAUGAAUUUACUGUUAAUCAAAGUCAAAGAAAUUGAUUGUAAUAUUUAUUUAAGUUGGGCAGAAUUGGAUGAUGAAGAGAAUAACAUGAUUACUUUACAACGUUCCAUUGGAAUUGAAUGUUACUAUUUUAUAGACUUUGUAUCAAAUGAUGAAGAAUUAUCAAAAAACACUCAUUUAAUGGAGUGUUUACAACAGUUAUCAUGUAAAUCAGAUCCUAAACAAUCGAACUUUGUUUUAAGUUUACAAGAACUCUGUUGCACCAUAUCUAGUGGCAAAAAGGAGGUCAUGAAAGAAUUAUUGUAUAGAUAUAAAGAAUGGGACCUAUCGAUACUUAAUUUCAUUUAUGAAAAUAGAUCAUUAUUAGAAAAAGAAGACUGCUUAACUCUGUUAAAAUAUCUUACUUUUGUUUUUACGCAGUCAACGGAAGAAGAUUCGAAAGAAUUUAAUUAUACUUUAAUCAUAAAGAUAUUAUCAUAUCAAAAUAUAAUAAAUCUUUACAAAAUUGUAAUGAUGUAUUUAAUGGAACACAAUGGCAAAAGUUAUUUAGAAUGUUCGUAUACAUAUGAUGCUUUUCAUGAGUUUAUUAUGCGAAAUGCAAAUUUUCGAACUUCUGUGAAUUUAAAAAUCGUCUUAUUAUUUCUUCUAAAGAAUCCUAAAAUGAUAUUGACAAUACUUCUAAAGAUUACUAUUGGUCAUCCUCAUUAUGGCAAUAUUAUGAUUUCUCCUAAUGAUUUACUUUUAUUAUCACCGUUUAUGCAAAUUAGAGAAGGUAAUAAUCAAAUAUUUCUGACGAGUAUCUUAAAAGCUAUUUGUAUAGAAAAUGCAGAAUGGAAUACUAAGAAAUUUAUAAACUUCGUGAAUGUUAUGUUAGAAAAUUCCGUAAUUGAAGUGCACGAUUUAAUAAAUAACGUUUAUAUACCGUACUUAAAUGAAGAUACUUUAAAUGUAUCGAAUAUAAAUUUCGUUCUCAAUAGUAUACGUAAAUUACAGGUUAAAUGUACCAAAAAUAUGAAUGUUAAAGAUUUGAUAAUUGCUCUUGCGAAAAGGAUGUCUUUUUUUCGAAAAAAUACAAAUAUCUCGAAACAUAUAAGCAAUGAGAUAUUUGUUCAGAUAAUAAGAAUAUUGCCAUAUUUGCUAGAAAACAAAAACUUGUUUAUUUCGGCAAAAACAGAAAUUAUCAAUAAAAUCGAAUCUAUUAUCGAACCAAUAGAUAAAUUACAUUUUGGUCCCCUCUGGUACUUAACGCAAAAAGGCGUUAGUAUAAUUGAUAUAAUAGAAGAUUAUGAAAGACGUUUUGUUAUAUUAAACAGAUUGAAAAAAGAUUCUAAGACUUCGGAAAAGUUAAGGAAUUAUUUGUCCGAUUUGAGUUUAUCAAGAGAAGAUAUUUUGCGUCACUUGAUUAUUCGUUCGACCGAAGAAGAAUAUCAAAGAUUGGGUUCAGAAUUUACUAUAAUAUAUUAUUUCAUUUUUGGAUGCAAUGACGAAAUCGAUGCAUAUAACGAUUUUCUCCGCUUGACAAUAGAAGCAUGCUGCUUAUGUUUAGAAUAUCCGUCUAUCGGUGAAAAUGAUUUAUUUCCAUUUUUAUUUAAGUCCUUUACGAGCUUUUGUAGAACAUUUGCAUUGCUCGACGGAAUUGAAAAUCACGAUAAAAUAUAUCAAUUACUGAUUAAAAAUAUUAAUGAACUUGAUAGUUCUAUAAGACAUAGUCCUUAUGCACAUCUAUUUACUACCUACCUUGCACAUUUAGAUAAUCACACGAAAGAUGAUCCUGAAUAUCUUCUGCAAGAUGUUUUAAACAUUUCUCAUCAUUUUAGUAAUCAAUGUCUUGAAAGCAACGAGUACAGUGAAGAAAUAUGUAAAAUAUCUCAUUCUCUAAAAGUUUCAAACUUUUACAAAAAUUAUGAAGUAAUUUCUACUUGUAUGAAAAUACCUGCAACAGAAGCUUAUACAUGUAUUAACAAAAUGAAUGAACUAUUUGUUUCCUAA